GUGAUAGCAGUGCGGCAGGCCAUUUUCGAAUUCUCGGCGAGUGACCAUGGGAGGUGGCAACGGGCAGAAGAGUGCGACGGCGCGUGAACGCAACAACGCGAAGAAGGCCAAGGACGCUAAGCUAAAGAACGCUCCUGAGAUGCGCGCCAAGAUGGAAGCGGACCGCACGGCCGUCAAGUGCAAAAUCUGCAUGAUGACGUUCAUGGUGAACGUUGGGCGCAAUCAACUCAACGACCACUGGGUAAGCAAGCAUCAGGACAAGGGGUUCGCUCUCGAACAGUGCUUUCCCCACUUGGCUGCGUAAGUCUUUUUGCCAAGUGGGCCACGUUGGACUGCUCGCAGCAAGCCGAGACGAACAUUUGAACUCGCGCAUCCGAAGUGGUGCUUAUUUCCACUAUGUACACGAAUAUAGAUCUUUAUCGAUCACUUUGGUUAUUGCCGACACAUGUACCGGUUUCUUCAAUCCACUGGACGAGCGUCGUUCAAGACUAUG